CUUAUCCCUCUUUCUGGUCGUCGUCUUAUUCGAAAUCUUCCGUCGACGACUCCAUAGUACGCCGUGGGUUCCCGAGCUCUUCGCGAGAUCCCUCAAUGGCGGAUGUCUCGGGUAAGGAUCUCAGAACCGCAGGGAGAAGAAUAGCGAGAAUCGCCCACCAUCUAUUGCCUCUUGCUACUCCUCCUCCUCGCCCGCUUCCGAUCCAGCGAUCGGUUGCUUCCGCUAACGACAGCUACCGUCGCGUACACGGCGAGGUAUCGACGCGAGAGGCGACGUGGAUACCUGCGUGCGAUGAAUCCGGAAAGGAGUACACUGACAUUAUCUAUGAGAAAGCCGUGGGAGAAGGAAUUGCGAAGAUCACAAUCAAUCGCCCAGAUAGAAGGAAUGCUUUUCGACCAAAUACUAUUAAAGAGCUUAUUCGAGCAUUUAAUGAUGCCAGGGAUGACAGCACUGUUGGGGUAAUCAUCCUGACGGGUAAGGGAAACAAAGCAUUUUGUAGUGGUGGUGACCAGGCAUUGAGAAGCUCAGAUGGAUAUGCUGAUUUUGAAAGUUUUGGUCGUUUAAAUGUAUUGGAUCUCCAGGUGCAGAUACGCCGUCUUCCUAAGCCAGUUAUAGCAAUGGUAGCAGGUUAUGCUGUUGGUGGGGGACAUAUACUACACAUGGUUUGUGAUUUAACUAUUGCUGCUGAUAAUGCAGUUUUUGGUCAGACUGGUCCAAAGGUGGGAAGUUUUGAUGCUGGUUAUGGAUCCUCCAUCAUGUCCCGCUUGAUUGGGCCAAAAAAGGCACGUGAGAUGUGGUUUCUAUGCAGAUUCUAUGAUGCUUAUGAAGCUGAGAAAAUGGGACUUGUGAACAUCGUUGUGCCACUUGAGAGAUUAGAACUGGAGACUCUGAAAUGGUGCCGUGAGAUCUUACGAAACAGCCCAACGGCAAUUCGGGUUUUGAAGUCUGCCCUUAAUGCUGUAGAUGAUGGGCAUGCUGGUCUCCAGGAGCUAGGUGGCAAUGCUACUCUCGUUUUCUAUGGAACAGAAGAGGCUAGUGAAGGAAAGAUAGCUUACUUGAACCACCGACGCCCAGAUUUCUCAAAAUUUCCACGAAGACCUUAAUGCCAAUAUUGCAUGACUUCUUUUCUGAUAAUAUAUACAGAUGUGGAUGUUUGAAUUUUCUAAUUUUGAUCCUGUAGAGCAACUUAAUAGCACAUUCUGUGGAAUACAUGAGCCUUGAUAAUAUUACAUGCUUUCAUCCGAA